AGAAAGAAAGAAAGAAAGAAAGAAAGAAAGAAAGAAAGAAAGAAAGAAAGAAAGAAAGACAGCCAUGGCUUCAGGCUCUCUCCGUGAGUUCUCUGAUCAGAUUUGUUCCAUCUGCAAGCAAUGCUUUGACGAUCCUGUGACUAUUGACUGCGGGCACAAUUUCUGCCAAGCCUGUCUCCCCUCGCUGCCUCACUGGGGAGAGCCCAACAGAGACCCUUCCUGCCUGCUGUGUGGCGAAACCGUCCAUCAAAGGAACUUCAAGCCCAACCAGCAACUGGCCAACCUUGUGCAGCUUGUCAGGAAACUUCAGGAGGGGGCAAAAAGAGAUGCGGAAAGGAAGGAAGUGAGCAAGAGUCACCAAGAGCCCCUGAUGCUCUCCUGCAAGGAGGAUCGAGCCCCCAUCUGCACCAUGUCCAAAUGCAACAAGGAGGACAAAAUCCAAGAUGUGGUUCCUGCAGAAGUGGCCGCUCAAGGGUCCAAGGUAGGAGAUCUCCACGAAGGAAGAGGACAGGGAAAUAAUUGGGUCUUCUUCCUGGAGGUUCAAGCUGAAGAUAUCACACACACACACACACACACACACACACACACACGGACAGCUCAGUUGGUAGAGCAUGAGACUCUGAAUCUCAAGGUUGUGGGUUCAAUCCCCACGUUGGGCAAAAGAUCUCUGCAUCGCAGGAGGUUGGACUAGAUGACUCCACAAUUCUAUGAUUCCAUGUAUUCCAUGUACACUUUCAUAGGACCAUUUGAGCUGCAGGGGAAAACUGAGACUUCUUUUUGUUACUUUGGGGGUCUGGGGGUUAAAUUCGAACACCUUUUGUAGAGAGGGAAUGUGGCAGUCAAGCGUGGUGGAGGUUUUCCUCUUUUGUCUAACUUCAGAACAUCUUGCCAUCACUUCUAGGAAAGGUUCAGCCACUGCCAUUGGCCAUAUUUGGGGGAAUAGCAGAAUAAUCUUGGGUACGAGACUAAAUGAUGGCUAAGCAACCCUUGAGCUGAUUUUGAGGGCAUGCAGGGGGGUGGAGGGGACGGGAGAGGGAGAGUACGUCUCACUGCAUGUGCAGAAAUCUGUUGCCCAAGCAGAGAUGCUUUCAGCCCAUUGUCAGGAACAUCCCGAGGGAAAGUUGUUAAAGUCUCCUUGGUGUCCAAAGUGUAGGAACUGAUAAAAAGAAGUUCUGCAGGCGUGUAACUCCAGGCAUGUAGGAUGUUGACGUGGGUUUUAAUCUGGGUUUUGGCUUAUCUUUGAUUCUAAUUAAUUUCUAAAUGUUGUAAAUAGCUGCUUUUAUCUCUCUCCUUUUGCCACUAUUAUAUAUUUUUUUUAUUUUUGUAAAUGACUUUGAGGUUUUAUUACAACCAAGCGGGAUAGAAACCUUUUGCAAUAAAUAUGGAUAAAUAACUUAAUAAAUGCCUAAACCAAUCUAUCAGCCACCAUCCAACACACCCUCCAAAUAAAAACAGACCAAAAUCACAACAUCGCUAAAUGCAUCGGCAAAUCGGGUUCCAUAUUUGAUCUGUUAAAUCUGAAGCUGUGUUUCUGACCCCAUUUACUAUAAUGGGGAAUUUAAAAAUCGCUAUAAUCUCUCUUCCUUUUCACAUAAGUGAGUGAAAUAUCUGAAGGCCUGUUACGUACUAAGCUUUGAUCCUAGAACAAUAGGCAGGCAGGAUCCUAGAAUGCUACAACUGAUUGGCCUGCAGGAAAAGACCAAUCAGGCUCCAGGAGGGAAGCAGAAUCAGCCAAUCAGACAGGACUCGUUGUGUAAAUAACGUACCGUAUUUUUCGCUCUAUAGGACACACCCGACCAUAGGACGCACCUUGUUUUACAGGGGGAGAACAAGGAAAAAAAAAUCUCCCCCUCUCUGCUCAACGCCCCUUCAGCGAAGCGGCAGGAGAAACGGAGCCCCUUCCAUUUCUCCUCCCGCUUCGCUGAAGGGGCACCGCACAGCUCUCCCUCUCUGCAAAAGGAACCCGAAGCCUUUGGCGCGCAGCGCGAGGUCCCGCUGCGCUCCAAAGGCUUCAGGCGACUAUCCCUGAAGCCUGGAGAGCGAGAGGGGUCGGUGUGCACUGACCCCUCUCGGUCUCUAGGCUUCAGCAAAAGCAACGCGAAGCCUCUGGAGCGCGGAGGGAGCGCUCCCUCUGUGCUUUGGAGGCUUCGCGUUGCUAUCGCUGUAGCCAGGGAGCCUGCAUUUGCUGCAUAGGACGCACACACAUUUCCCCUUAAUUUUUGGAGGGGGAAAAGUGCGUCCUAUAGAGCGAAAAAUACGGUAUAUAAAAGCCUGAGGUUUGGGGGGCAAUUCAAUCACUGUUUUACAAGCUGCAAUAAAGAGCAUGAAAUCACUACCUGACUCUGAAUAUAUUUCAAGGGCUAUGUCACAUGGAAGAUUGAGCAACUUUGUUUUCUCCUGCUCUAGAGGGUAGGAUGCAAACCAAUGGCUUUAAGUUACAAGAAAGGAGAUUCCGACUGAACAUUCGGAAAAACUUUCUGACAGCUAGAGCUGUUCAGCAGUGGAGCAGAUUCCUACGAGAGGUGGUGGACUCUCCUUCCUUGGAGGUUUAUAAGCAGAGAUUGGAUGGCCAUCUGUCAGGGAUGCUUCAGCUGAGAUUCCUGCAUUGCAGGGGGUUGGACUAGAUGACCCUCAGGGUCCCUUCCAAUUCUAUGAUUGUAUGAAAUUUGCAGGCAAAGUUGCCCCUCCAGUGGGAGAACAAUUCUUUGCCCAAGCAGAAAUCCUUGUGCUGAUGAAACGAUUGCCUUAGUGCUAUGUUGGAUUCCAUGCAAUGUAUUAGAGGACAUGCAAGCCGACUCCAUAGAAGUGAUCUUUCUGGGCUGUUGGGAGAGGUGCUUUGUAAAUUGUGGUGAACUAUGUAUGUUUUUUGCCCGACUGCUAUUUACGUUUAUCUGAAUAUAGUUAUUGUCCUACAGCAAUUUACGCCAGUGUGGUGUAGUGGUUAAGAGCGGUAGUCUCGUAAUCUGGGGAACCGGGUUCGCUUCCCCGCUCCUCCACAUGCAGCUGCUGGGUGACCUUGGGCCAGUCACACUUCUCUGAAGUCUCUCAGCACCACUCACCUCACAGAGUGUUUGUUGUGGGGGAGGAAGGGAAAGGAGAAUGUGAGCCGCUUUGAGACUCCUUCGGGUAGUGAUAACGUGGGAUAUCAAAUCCAAACUCUUCUAAAACAUACCCAUUCUGCAGGUGACCCAAGCUGCACCUCCUAACAUCAAUGCCAUGAAGACCCCAGUUCUGGGCUCACCAACCACAAAUGAGGAACAGGAAACCACUUGCUCCAUCUGCAGGGAGUAUCAUACAGACCCUGUGACCCUGGACUGCGGCCACAACUUCUGCCGGGGGUGCAUCACCUGCUAUUGUAACAUAUGGGAAAAUCAGGAUGGGGGAGCGUUGAAGUGUCCUCUUUGCAAAUCCCGGAUCCAGAAGUGGAAUUUUCAAUCAAAUGUGCAGCUGGCAGAAACAGUAGAAGGCCUCAAACUCCUUCCACUGAAAUUAUAUAAGGUAAAGUAAGGUGGGGGGGUCAUGCUGGGAUCCUCUGUUCCUAUUAUAGUCAGUGCUGAAUUAUGAAGGGAGGGGAGGAAAUUACCGUAUUUUUCACUCUAUAAGAUGCACCAGACCAUAAGACGCACCUAGUUUUUGGAGGAGGAAAACAAGAAAAAAAAUAUUCUGAAUCCCAGAAGCCAGAACAGCAAGAGGGAUCUGGCUUCUGGGAUAGCCUCUUGCUGUCCUGGCUUAUGGGAUAACCGCGUGCAGCCUCUCCCGGGCAGCAGGAGGAAGGCUCCCCAAGAGCCGCGUUCCCUUUAAAGAGCGUGCGGAGCGUGUGUGUGUGUGUGCGGCUCUUGGGGGCUUUUCCCUGAGGAGGGAAGAGGGCCGCCCUUCUCCCUCCUCGGGGAAAAGCCCCCAAGAGCCGCACACACGCUCCACGCGGCUCUUUGAAGGGAGCGCUGAGCAGAGCCUCCUGCCUGCAUUUGCUCGGUAAGACGCACACACAUUUCCCCUUACUUUUUAGGAGGGAAAAGGUGCGUCUUAUAGAGCGAAAAAUACGGUACAUAUAGAAGACUCCCGAUUCAAUCCAGGGCUGGAUCUACAUUGAUCUUCUAAACGUGAUUGAAUAUAAUGUUCUCUAACGCUUAAUGGUAGUUUUCCAUUGCUGGAGGCUCACUGCUCUGCAGAGCCCUCUGUUAAUGCAUUUUAAACGUUAUAAAUGACGAGUAUAGAUCCGCCCCGGGUAAUCUCAGUCUAUAAAAUUCUGCCUGAGAGUUUGGAGAGUAAUAAUAAUAAUAAUAAUUUAUUAAUUAUACCCCUCCCAUCUGGCUGGGUUUCCCCAGCCACCUUGGGCAGCUCCCAACAGAAUAUUAAAAGCACAAUAAAACAUCAAGCAUUAAAAACUUCCCUAAACAGGGCUGCUAAAUGUCUUCUAAAAGUCUGAUAGUUAUUUCCUUGACAUCUGGUGGGAGAGUGUUCCACAGGGCAGGCGCCACUACCAAGAAGGCCCUCUGCCUGGUUUCCUGUAACCUCACUUCUCCCAGGGAGGUUGUUGGCUGUAUGGCGCAGAUUAACGCUUAGGCUCAACAGUGCAUCUGCUUCAGAUUUGCUCCAGAUGAGCCUUAGUAAUAAUAAUAAUAAUAAUUUUAUUAUUUAUAUGCAGUCAUGAACAUCAACCAUUAAAAACUUCCCUGAAGAGGGUUGCCUUCAGAUGUCUUCCAAAAGUCAAAUAAUUCUUUGACAUCUGAUGGGAGGGCUUUCCACAGGGCAAACUAAGAUCCCAGGUUCAGUUCCUUCCAAUUGGGCUGAGAAAGUGAAAUAAUUCUAUCUAAUAUCCUACAAACCUGAAGGCAGCUUUUUGCUAGAGGAACAAAUAGUUUGAUUCAGAAUCAGACUGGAUCAUAUAAUAUGUAUCUAACAUACUCAGAAAAGGGGUGGGGGUAGGGGGAUAUGGCAAGCAUCCCCAACCUUUGGCCCUCCAGAUGUUUUGUACUACAAUUCCCAUCAUCCCUUACCACUGGUCCUGUUAGCUAGGGAUCAUGGGAGUUGUAGGCCAAAACAUCUGGAGGGCUGCAGGAUCGGGGAUGCCUGGGAUAUGGUCUUUAUUUUCCAAGGAAGGAGUAGGAAGAAACCUCUGCAAAUUACUAGAUCUUCACGCUUAGAUGAGACAUAAGCCCUUUUCGGUCUGCUGCGUAGUACAAAGACAUGGGGAAGCGUCACCACAGCAAUGGCCUCUGCCCUCUUAGCUACCCAUGAUCAUGUCAAUGUUUCAGACAAACCUACAGGGUGGCCCAAAAUCACUUUUUCUGAAAGAAUGGAAUGACUUGAUAGGGUGAACAUUUUCUAAGGAGAUCUGUGUUUGGCAUCACACGGGCUGCCCUCCUGCCAGAACCAAAUUAUCGUUACGAGUUUGCCAGUGCCAGACCUCUCUAAUCCCAGGAUCCAGCAAGUGUUAAAAUAGGGAUCAGCAACCUUUUUCAGCCGUGGGCCAGUCCACCAUCCCUCAGACCAUGUGGUGGGCCAGACUAUAUUUGGGGGGAGGGAUGAACAAAUUCCUAUGCCCCACAAAUAACCCAGAGAUGCUUUUUAAAUAAAAGGACACAUUCUGCUCAUGAAAAACACGCUGAUUCUUGGACCAUCCGUGGGCCAGAUGGAGAUGGAGAUUGGGCCACAUCCGGCCCCCGGGCCUUAGGUUGCCUACCUGUGUUAAAAUCUAACCAAGGUUUCAAAUUUUUGUAAUAGCCAUGUGAAUCUCCGGGGGGAGGUGUAAGGAGAACAAAGGAAGGGGAGAUGGCAAAUGCCCCUCCCUCUGCUCACAGAUAGUUGUAUAUAUGUGUAAACAAACCACAUAUCAUAAAGGCACCACAGUCUCUGCUGUGCCUCAUUCCCAAAAGGAAACACAAACCCUGAUGAGAAAGCGCCCGGAACCCCGGGAAUCUCUCGCCGCUCGGAGACUUGGGUGGCACACAAUGUUAUUUUCAAUCUGUGCAGGAAAGAACCCAGAGCCAGCUGAAGUCUUUGGAGAAAGAAAAGCAAAACCUUGUCAAUCAGAAACAGUCCGAAGAAGAGGAAAAGGAGAAAUGUCUGGUAGGUUUUUUUCAUUCAAGAUCUUUGCAAGCCAAGGUUGUGCGUAGACAACAGACUCUCAGCCAAGGCAGGGAUUGUGGAGCAAACCUGAACCCCAGAAAGCCUGUCGCUUUAAAACUGCCUCGCACUUGGCCAGACUAACCAGAGGCUAUUCCACAAAGCCCUCUAAAUCAUGUACAUAAAAGGUGAAGGUAGAGGUAAAGGACCCCUAAGGGUGGCGCUGUGGGUUAAACCACAAAGCCUAGGACUUGUUGAUCAGAAGGUCGGCGGUUCGAAUCCCCGCGAUGGGGUGAGCUCCCGUUGCUCCGUCCCUGCUCCUGCCAACCUAGCAGUUUGAAAGCACGUCAAAGUGCAAGUAGAUAAAUAGGUACCGCUCCAGCGGGAAGGUAAACGGCGUUUCUGUGCGCUGCUCUGGUUCGUCAGAAGCAGCUUAGUCAUGCUGGCCACAUGACCCAGAAGCUGUACGUCGGCUCCCUCGGCCAGUAAAGCGAGAUGAGUGCUGCAACCCCAGAGAAGGCCACAACUGGACCUAAUGGUCAGGGGUCCCUUUACCUUCAGUUAAGUCCAGUCGCGAACGACUCUGGGGUUGUGGCGCUCAUCUCGCUUUACAGGCUGAAGGAGCCGGUGUUUGUCCACUUCCGCAGUCAGUUUUUCCAUGUCAUGUGGCCAGCAUGACUAAGCCGCUUCUGGAGAAAACAGAGCAGCGCACGGAAACUCCAUUUACCUCCCCGCCGGAGUGGUACCUAUUUAUCUACUUGCACUUGCUUUUGAAUUGCUAGCAUAGCAUCCUUUAAACCCACAGGCUGGUAUGGCAGGAAAGGCUAGAACUUUCCUACUUCCUACUUUCCUAAAAUUUCGGAACUAAUCGCUUCUUUCCUUACCCAUUCCUUGCCCUGUGUGCAGCCUGAAAGUAGCUGCAUGUGUGUGCAGUCAUGGGUCAGCUGGAUGUGUGUAAAUGGGGCAUUGCCAGUACUGGAGGUGUGUUGUGUUACCUGUGCAUGUUGCACGUCUGAUAUGUGGAGUGGAUUUAUGUGUAUGUGUGGAGGACAGGGGGGGGGUUUUCCAUGUUUGUUCCAGGUGCAUUUGUGACAUCUGUGUGGAUGUUCUUUCCUCAGAAACAGUUAAACAAAGAAAAGCAGAAAAUCAAAGACGCCUUUGAGAAGAUGCAAAAUUCUCUGGAGGAAAAAGAGAGUUCCUCACUGGCCCGCCUGCGAAACCUAGAAAAGGAGAUUAAGAAGAAGGUGGCGGAAAAUGGCAACAGACUCUCAGAGGACAUUUCUUACCUCACGAAAUUGAUCGCUGAGCUGGAGGAGAAGUGUGAGCAGCCCCCACAGCUGUUUCUUCAGGUGAGAUGGAGCCAAUGUCACCUGAACGUGACAUUUGGUUUUCCACAGAGAAAACGGGGCAAAUCAGUCCUCCUGGUAACACAAAUAUGAGACAGACUUCUCUGUAUCUUUCUCUUUCAGGACAUCGAAAGUACCUUGCUCAGGUAUGCAGCUCCUUCUCCUGCCAUUACUGACUCUUAAAAAUAAAUAAACCCCUGCUUAUUCCCCAGAAAGUCUUGAUGCAGCUAACAGUAGCAAAAGCAGAAUAAACAAACAUUAGAAUGUCCAUAGGCUGCAGGGCAAGGUGAGCAAUAACUGGCUUAUCUUCUUCUUUUCUGUUACAGUUUUUAGUCUAGCUUCUACACCCUUUGGAUCUGACAUUAUUUGGCACAGAUAAUUUGUCCACAGCUACAUUUGUCUUGACAGGGAUGAUGAUGCUGAUGAUUUAUACCCCGCCCAUCUGGCUGGGUUUCCCCAGCCACUUUCGGCGGCUCCCAAAAGAAUAUUAAAAGCACAAUAAAACAUCAAACAUUAAAAACUUCCCAAAACAGGGCUGCCUUCAGAUGUCUUCUAAAAUUCAGAUAGUUGUUUAUUUCCUUGACAUCUGAUGAGAGGGCAUUCCACAGGGUGGGUGCCACUACUGUGAAGGCCCUCUACCUGGUUCCCUGUAACCUCACUUCUCUCAGUGAGGGAACCGCCAGAAGCCCUCAGAGCUGGACCUCAGUGUCCGGGCUGAACGAUGGGGGUGGAGAUGCUCUUUCAGGUAUACUGGGCCGAGGCCGUUUAGGGCUUCAAAGGUCAGCACCAACACUUUCAAUUGUGCUUGGAAACGUACUGGGAGCCAAUGUAGGUCUUUCAGGACCAGUGUUAUAUGGUCUCAGCAGCCAGUCUAGCUGCCACAUUCUGAAUUAGUUGUAGUUUCCGGGUCACCUUCAAAGGGAUGAAGCACAUUCUUGUGUGAGCCCAAGAAGCCCCUCUAUAUAGAACUGUUAAGUUGUGGGUGAACAUAUCAGACGACACAGCGAUUCUUCAAAUAGCUCUUGUUUAUUCACAGGCCAGGACAGAACUGAACUGAAGGGUUCAGUCAGCCUGCUUAUAUAGAGCUCCAGUACAAUGUAACUGUAACAAUUUUCUAAAACUAUCCAAUCACUGAAUGUCACUUUCGAUCCCUUAUUUGCAUUACUAUCUACAGUAUCUCCCUGCUGGCCCAGGGUGAGAACUUCAGUACAUAACAAGAACCAGGCUGUAGACCCCUCGAAUCCUCCCUCUCUACUUCCCCCAAAAGCACUGGCUGCCUAAAACCCUUUUCAGAUGACAGGUGCGACGCAUUGAGUCUAUAAAGCAUUAGAGGAAUUACCAUUCUUUAAGCUUUCUUUUCGCAAAACCAUCUUUCCUUCCCGGGUACAGGGAGAAACGAGCGGAGCAUUCAGCAGACCUUUCCACCUGGUUGGAGGAGAGACUCAAGAUCUGUUGUCAGAAAAAUUCAACGCUAGUAAACGCUAUGGUGAAAUGUGCAGGUAUUUGGGGCAGCUCGGGAGUCGGGGGGGGAGAGAGAGAGAGAGGUUGAGCUCUCAAAGAUAUAACUGUGAAGGAAAGCGAUCUAGGGCCCGGGGUGGAAUAUGCAACGGAAACAUCCACCCGGCUGUGAAAAAGGCAAAAUUCCUUGCCAGCGAAAGGCAUAGAAACAAAAACAUUGCGAUGCCUUUCUGCAAAUCGAUGGUGCAAACCUGAGAGAUUCUGGAGAGGCCUAGCAACUGCAUCUUGGAAGAUUGCAGUAGAGCUGGAAACAUUGCAGUAAAUAUGAUUUUUUUUCCAAAAAAAUGAAAUCUACAUUAUUUAUUACAUACUGAUAAGCUCUUUGAGCGAAUUUGUCAUUUUUAAACCUAACACUUCCUUCCUUCUCCCACCUCCUCAAACAGAUUCUCUGGAGGAAGCAUUGAAGAAAGGUAAUUUUGGGGGGACAGAAUACCAAGGGAUAUUUUGAUGGGAUAAGUUGCCAGUGGGUCCAUCUGCUGACCACAGAAAGUCACCCCACUUUAAAACUGUAGCACAUCUAAUGUAAUUCUAAUUUAUGUGAUGGUCUUAAUGGAGGUCAAGUUGACAUAUUGCUAUUUUGUACAUUGCUGCUGCUUCUUGCUUGCUUGUGAGUCACACAAAGCAAUAAUCAACCUAAAAAAGCAAAAGAACCCAUGAAAUACAGUACCUCAUUUUUAUAUUACAGAAGGUUUGAAUAAAUUUCUCACUCACACUACAGCGCCUCUGGAGCAAAAACUGGAGAAAGGUAAUAUUAUGGAACUAAAUGAGAACUAAAUCUUGGUGGGAGAUGGUGCAUGGAAAAGAGUCAAGGGGCAGAACUGGUUUUAUUCUGGGAAUAAAUUCAGUAAAUUGAGUCAAUAAUAAUUGUUUCUUAACUGUGCCUGACAUGCCAUCCAAAAGUUAAUUCAUUCAGCAUAGCCCUAUAUUUAAAUGCCGAUCUUAAUCAGGGAAGUACUGUAACAGGGCUUUUUUUAAAAGAAGCAACCGCUGAAACAUGUAUGAUGAUUGUUUUAUUCUAUUGCUUCUUAAACGAGAACUGAACAAAAGUAAGUUCUGGAAGAAUUAGAUGGAAACACAAGCCCUCCAAUGAAAAUAAGGACACCCAAUGACACAUAAAACAUUAACCAUAGUCGCUGAGAGCAUGUCAUUCAAAUAAAAACUACCAAGUCUAACAAAUGAGUAAUUAUUAUUGUUGUUGUUGUUGUUGUUGUUAAUUGUUGUUGUUGUUGUUGUUAAUUGAAUUUAUAUACCGCCCUAUACCUGGAGGUCUCAGGGUUAGGUUAGGUUAGGUUAGGUUAGGUUAGGUUAGGUUAGGUUAGGUUAGGUUAGGUUAGGGUUAGGAUCGCAAUAUAUAAAAUCAAAAUAAAAAGAAUAACCCAGUAAUGCCCCACCCCAAAAAAGAGCUACAUUUUAAAAGGGCAUAGGAUGUUGAUGAAGUCAACCAAAGGCCUAGUUAAAAAGGAACAUUUUUGCCUGGCACCUAAAGGUGUAUAAUGAAGGCACCAGCCGAACUUCCCCAGGGAGAGCAUUCCACAGACGGGGAGCCACUGCAGAGAAGGCCCCAUUCUCGUGUGACCCCCCUCCAAACCUCUUGAAGAGGAGGCACAUGAAGGAGGGUCUCAGAAGAUGAUCUCAGGGUCUGGGUAGGUUCUUAUGGAAAGAGGCGGUCCUUGAGGUAUUGCGGUCCUGAGCCAUUUAAGGCUUUAUAGGUCGAAACCAGCACUUUGAAAUGGGCCUGGAAACUAAUUGGUAGCCAGUGAAAUCGGACCAGGAUUGGUGUAAUAUGCUCAGACCGUUUUGCUCGAGCAACCUGGCUGCUGAAUUCUGCACUAGCUGUAGUUUCCAAACAGUCUUCAGAGUCAUCUCUACGUAUAGCUUUCAACCACCCCUUAUUUGGCGGGAAACUCCCUUAUCCCAGCGCCGUGUCCCGCUGCUGUCCCUUAUUGAUGAUGUCCCUUAAAUUUCCCGGGUUUCAUGCUCGCCCAGCUCGGGAGGGAAGCAGCGGCUCGGGGUCCUCCGCUGCGAGAGAGAGCGCGCGAGGAGUUCCAUCGGCCCUUCCCUACCCGAGAGAGAGGGGGUGAGGGAGAGAGACUCUCACCCACGCCGCCCACAAGCCUGGAGGCGGGGUGGCGGCAGCUGAGGAGGCGGCCUGAGGGAGGAGGAAGAGGAGGGGAUGGGGAGGCACGCAGAAGGGCGGCACUUCAGCGGCCGCCGCAGCGCCGCAACCGCCUCAUGCCGGAUUGACAGACUCUGUCAAUCCUACUCUUUACAAUAGCAAAAUCCCUUAUUUUGGCUGCUGAUCCCUGAUUUUCGAGGCUGCUGGUCCCUUAUUUUCAAAUCUGUAAGUUGACAGCUAUGAUGUAAAUAUGUCUCUGACUGGAAAUGGGUAGAAACCAUAGCUAAAGGUGGUAUUCCCAGGUGUAGCAGACCCAAAGGGAUCGUUCCUUCUCAUCUGCUUAGGAGUGUUCACUUACUCGCCGGGAGAUUUAAGCCCACGUUUAUUUUCCCUUUGUCUGUGUGCCCUUCAGUGAGCGUGACUCUGGAUCCACAAACGGCACACCCUCUGCUCGCGCUGUCUGCCGAUCUGAAGAGCGUGAAGGUUGGGGAAGCGUCGGAUGACCAGGCCGAGGACACGGACGAACUGACCUGCAUACCCUACGUGCUGGGCCGCGAGAAGUUCACGUCCGGGAGACAUUGGUGGGAGGCCGAGCUGGAUUUAAACGAAGAAGACAAGGAAUACAUGGAUCAGGAGUGCUUGUGGAUCGUAGGGGCGGCACGAGAGUCCUUCCAGAGAAAUAAAGGUUUCAACCUGAGCCCUAAAGCUGGGGUCUGGGCUGUGGGGGUGAGUCCCUUUUCCAAAAAGCUCACUGCUUUCACUUCCCGCAAGCCAAGCCAUUCGCACUUGGCACAUCAGGUGAGGAACAUCCGAGUAUCCCUGGAUUACAAAGCACGCCAGGUGGAGUUUUUUGAUGCCGAUACAGAUGCCUCCAUUUUCACUUUUUCUGCAGCUUCGUUCGCUGGGGAGGCCAUUCGUCCCUUUUUUUGUCUGGGGGGAGAAGGACUUGAAUUGAAGUGUGGAAACUGAGCAGAAUAUUCACCAGCCCUGGUCUUACCCUGAAAACAGAUAGCUAGUGGAAGCUUUCCUUCUGGUGCAAAUAGCAAUUGUGGGGGGGGUGUAUUAGGGCUGUGCUAAUGGAAUCUUUCCUUCAAGUGCAAAUAGCAGCUGUGGGGGUAUAUUAGGGCUGUGCUAAUGGAAGCUUUCCUUCUGGUGCAAAUAGCAACUGUGGGGGGGUGUAUUAGGGCUGUGCUAAUGGAAUCUUUCCUUCAAGUGCAAAUAGCAGCUGUGGGGGUAUAUUAGGGCUGUGCUAAUGGAAGCUUUCCUUCUGGUGCAAAUAGCAACUGUGGGGGGGGUGUAUCAGGGCUGUAGUAAUGGAAGCUUUCCUUCUAGUGCAAAUAGCAGCUGUGGGAGUGUGUAUUAGGGUUGUGCUGAGACCCCACUGAUCUGCCUCGUGGUCCCUGGGUCUGCACAUCACCCACGUGCGGACAGGGAUGUCCCACCCUCUGACAGCCCUGGAUUGCUCUGGGUUUUGCAACCCAAUCCAGGGCUAUUUGAACCCGACUCGGUUGAUGCCUGGAUUCCCCCCCCCUCCCCCAAAUCAGCCUGAUUCAGUUUGGGACUCAGCCAAAUGCACUCUGCAGCCCUAGUAAGUACAGGAGGAGAAAUUCGGUUUGAUUUGCAUGCUAAUGCAAAAAUACCAAAUUUACACUCCCCAUAACAAUGUGGGAACCAAAGCCUAGCUAUCCUUCAAAAUCCACACUUCUCAGAAUUUUGCUAUGCAGAAUUAAGUAGUCUUCUAGCCAGAUAAUACGUACAUUAGGGAGAAUUGUGCUUAAAACCACAUAUAUUAGUCACUAUAGCAUACAAACAUGCAUUAUGUCUAGGGAAACUACUUGCAAAAAUGGGUAUAUUGGCCAAAAUUGCAUAAGGAGAAAUGCACACUAAAAUCUCUAUGCUGAGCUUAUCCACCUGGAUUUUUAAAAAUUCCAAUCAUAUUCCUUAAUCAAGAAACAAGCUUUUUUUCUGAUGAAAAUAUGAACAAUUAUUGCAUAUUCUAUGCACUAUUCUACAUAUGCGUAUGCACUCUAGAAUUCCUAAAGUAACCAGUAUAAUCCAGCAUGCUUGAGUAAUUAGUGUGUGAAGAGGUUAAAACCAUAGAGUAAGCUGUCCUGCUAGGCUUCAUCUAUUUUACUUCCCCCUCACCUUGGGAGGAAAUGGGUAACCAAGCCUUUUGGAUUUCUGUAUGGAAGGCUCUCUGAACUGGUCAUUCCACUCCUUUGUUUCAGACCAGAAUGGAGUUCUGAAACUAGCAUUUUCCUAUACCAAUAGUUUAGAUACUUUUGCAUUCAUGUAGUUGAGCAACGAUUUUGACUGAGUGCGUAUCUUUUCUGUCUGCUGUAUGGAAAAGCACAUGAAAAGCACAUGAAUAGUUUUGUAAGGAAACCAUUUUAUGUGUCUAUCUCUGUGCUGGAGAAUCAAUAUAGCUUAGAAAGAGCUUUUUUAAAGGGGUUUACAGCCUAUAUUUCCAUGCUUUUCUUUGCUGUAUGUUUUGCGAUGUUAAAUCUCUGCUGGGGUUUUCUCACCAAAGCGUGCUUGCCCCAAACUUGGGCCUAGACUUCUAGUAUGCCAACAACCAGCACAUAAGCAGAUACAUUAAACAAUGCACAUCGCUGUAUAUUUAACAGUAUGUAUCAAUAAACUUAUAAAGUUACUCUGCAGAAA